AAGCGUUUUUUGGGGGGUGGUGGUGGUGGUUUUGAAUUAAGAGUCAAAUACAGUACCAAUAGAUUUGUUUCGCAGGAGGGCAUUUUGUGGGGAAUAUACACGGCUUCCCAUCCAAGAGCCGGUAGAUUUGUCGCAACUGUUUUUGAGAGGAUUUAUGGAGAAUAGCAAUUGCCUCACGGGAGGCUAUUUACCCCGCUUCCCGCAGAAAACGCUAAGAUAAAAUACAUGCACUCCGUGCGCUGUCUGAGAUUUCGACGGUCGAAGUGGGUGUGAACGGCAGAAGCCAUGAGGGAGAGAGGCAGGCGAUGGGCGGCUCUGAGGGCCGGCAGAGGAGGAGCAGAAGGAAGGCUUUAGAGCCGCCCCGCAGGAAGUGAUGAUGGCGGCUGCGGUGGCCCCUCAGAAGCGGGCGGGAAGCGCCGCCUCAGCCCGUGCGGAUCAACUUUAUCCAGUGGAUAUUAAAGGUGAAAAACCCGAGGUUCUGGAAGAAGAUGCUCAUUCAUAUUUUACAAAGAUUUUAGAAGAGCCAUCAUCUGCUGUUGAGUUUUUAUCUAUUCCAGGAAGAGGAAAAGUUAAACUUGAGGCUCCAUUGAUGCACUUCCUUCCUCUGUAUAAAGAAGACAGCAAACAUAAGCUUCUGGUUUUAAUUGAUCCACAAGAUAAGAACACAGUAUUAGCAAUUUAUUUGCAUAGUUCCUGGUGGCUUAUUGAAGAUGUAAUGAAAACGGCUGAUCAUUCCCGGGAGGGGUUGAAACAGGUCCAGACAUUUGAAGAAAGAGUUGUCCUUUUUGUGCUUAACGUCAUUAUUUUUGGAAUGCUUGAGAGGAGUUUGACUCAUGAUGUGCUCUUUGUGCCUCAUUCUGAGAAAGAGUGUGCCAAAAUAUUUUGGAGGAGUGGAGAUGCAGCUGCCUUCUACACCAUAAAAGUGAAAGGAAGCCUGUGUGAUGGGCACUCCAGCCAAUGCUACAUGCUCCCAGUUUUGGACACAAUGUUUGUCCGAAAAAAGUUUAGAAGAGGUGGAGUUGGUAUGAAAAUGCUGCAUGAUUUUUGUCAGACCUUUGCAGCUGAAGUUGCCCUGGGACUCAGCUGUCCUGUUUCUGAUGUCAUGUACCAAGUUUGUCAGAGAUUCCUGGAGACUCAUCCAGAGGAGCAGCCUCGACUGUGGGAAGUAGAAGCCCCGGGAGACUGGAGCCAGCGUGUUAGUAUCUGGCUGAAGAUUCAGAUGGAACAAAAGCUUCAGAAAAAGUCGGAUGUGAGCUGCUACAUGAAGAGGCUUCAAAAUGAUAAACCUGGGCAAUCAGAUGAAGGGCAGAUGAAUCAGAAAGUUGCUCACAGUCCUAACAAGGCGUUGCCAUAUGAGGCAGAGGAAUUUAAAGAUGACCCGGAAGAGGUAUUCAACCCUGAACCUUACAGUGAAGAAUAUGCUGAAGAACAUCAAACUCAUAAACAGCAGUGGAAAGACUCAAAGAAAAGAGCAAGCCCAGGAGAACCUUCUGAAGAUAGAAUCUCUAAGCAGUUCAGAGUGACGUCCUAACUUUUGCACAUAGUGUAAGCAAUACAAGGACAAGGUGUGAAUGAAAGAGGCAGAAUAGUUUGAAGACUAAACAGUGAGACAGAAGGCCCCUGGUUCAUAUCUUCCCAUAGCCAUGGACUUGUUUAGGCAGCCCUACCCUUCUCUAAGUUAUGCAUCUGCAGUGUGAGGAUUGUAAAAGUAGCCUACUGUGCAGGGUUGUUGUACCAGAGGGGAAGUCCCUUGGCGCCGAAGGCUCUACCUGCACAUCUUCAAGUGUGCAUGGAGGUCCUGGGCUGCCCAGAUGACAAGACUUCUCUCCUGUUCUCAUUGAUGUUAUUUAAAGGAAAACAGAGCAAUACAUUUGGCACCAGCUGGGCUUCAGGAGUUGCCAGAAGGAGGCAUACAUGACACCAUCCAAUCGUCCUAGGGACUCCACUCCCAAUUUGUGUAAGGUUUACUCCAGGCAUCCCCAAACUUCAGCCCUCCAGAUGUUUUGGACUACAAUUCCCAUCAUCCCUGACCACUGGUCCUCUUAGCUAGGGAUCAUGGGAGUUGUAGGCCAAAACAUCUGGAGGGCCGCAGUUUGGGGGAUGCCUGGUUUACUCCUUAGCCUUUUCUUCUCCCGAAGAUUUCCCACAAAGCAGUGGGUACAGAUUUUUCCUCAAUGUUUAUUCCUGAAGCCUUUCUCAUGAAUGAGUAUAGCCACAAGGCAGUGAAGGUUUUGGAAUAGAGCUUUUCUUCUCCUAGAUGGACUAUCUUCCCAGGUUGACAAGCCCCCGCAGUUUCCUCUACAGCUCACAUGCAGAAACCACUUUCUUCAUCGUUGGACCCACUAUUGGCCUCAUCCGUUCAAUCUGCCAGAGCCUGUCUUCACAUGCAAGGGAAGUCCCUAACUCACCAAGGAUUUGAGAUCCAUUGGCUAUUUUCACCUACGGUAGUUUAGUUGGCUAGUUGAAGCUGUUUCCCAGGAUGUGACCGCUGUUGCAUGCUGACAGCUUCUAGGAGCCAAACUACCCCAAAAGGAACAUGACAUAUCCCCCACCAGAGGUACUACCCCUCCCCUAAUACCACAUACACCCAAAAUACGCAGUUGUCCUUUGAGAUUGAUGUCGGCUGUUGCUGUCUUUUUUUCCAUUGCUACCACCUCUGCCCAGGAGCCUUUAUGUGGUCUGCUGCCAGACUCAUGUAAGUGCCUUAUGGCCAAACACACUGUAAGACUGUGUGCAUUCUAUCUAUCUAUCUAUCUAUCUAUCUAUCUAUCUAUCUAUCUAUCUAUCUAUCUAUCUAUCAUCUAUCUAUCUUGCUGCUUACAACUGUGAUUGUUGCAUACACAGCAGGAAGCCACUGUACAUCCCAGUUGUGUGUGUGAAACAGCCAUAUAUACAGAAAUACAAUAAGAAACAAUAAUACAGAGCACGACUCAUAAUUGAUUUGAGGCAGGCUAAAAGAAAAGGUAAAACUGUGUUAUGUGCUAAUGUUAUGCUUUGCUGUCACCACAAGAUGGUGCAACUACACAGCUUAAUCAUGAGUACAGCACUGCCCUGGAGAGGUCUGAGCCAAAGGUUCAAGCAUGCACUGUUGUAAUUUCCUUAACUUUUUAGCAGGGAUGCAAGCAAGGAGGCAAAGAAAGCUUGUCUCUAAUAUUUGCUAAUCAGAUUCAGUUUAAGGCUCCAGCUGCCAAAGUGUUUGUACUUUGGGAACUUAAGGUGAAAUCACAGAUACGUUCUGCAUACAAAAUGUGCACAAAUGAUGUUCUACGGAAAUCAAGGAGGCUUCCAUGCGAGCUAUUGAUACCGAUUUCUGAGGUCUCUCGACAGCAGGCAGCCAAGCCUCGAAAUACCCCUUUGAUUAUUUAUAGCAAGUCUGCUUGUGGAGUAUUAAUAGAUGUCACUCUUUCUGCCGUAUAGUUGACUGCAUUCCAACCGUGCAAGAAACGGAUUUCUAUAAACACAUGCGUUCUCUCCACCACCACCCCCAUCCAGACAAGACAGAGGCAUUAUCACAGUUCAAGAACACAUUCCAGCCAUGCAAAAGCACUUGAGGAGGACAUGAUGUAGGACCACUGAGGAGUAUUAGCCCCAAAAGUCAGCUAGAGAUGCCUGGGGGGCAGGAGAUAUUUGGCAACCAAGCCAUAGCUCCGCCCCCCCUGCUCUCUGGAACCUGCUUUCUGGACCAGGAGCUGCAAGUGGGGACAUAUAUGUAUAUAAGCAAUAAAGGUGUCACAGAGUUCUGCAUUUCCUGGUUUGGAAAUAGUGCUCCCCUCAACUGCAGGCACCUUCAGCAUUUGUUUGAGCUGUCAUUUUAGGGACCAGGAAUUGUGGGGAGCACCAGUCUAAUAUAGUGCAACCAACAGCGCAGGUCAAUUUGGAUUUUUUUGACGGGGUGGGGUGGGGAUAACAUGAGAUUUCUCCCUUCUCCACACCGACACUUUCCUAAAAAUGCUCAAAAAACGCUCUUGCUAAACAAGGACAAAGGGUAGGGCCUUUCCUGAUGCUUCUGAUCAUAAGUUACUGGGAUAUUCCUAACAUGGAAGCAUAAGGUGUGUUCCAGGUAUGUCUUUGUGUGUGGAUCAUUUUCAACAAUGGGAAGAAAGAAGAAAUGUGCCAAUGGAUAUGCUGGCGCUGGAUAUGUGCCAAUAGGCUGAAUCUAGAGACGAGGGAGACACUCUGGCUGAAAGGGGCUCAUGUCUGGGAAUUGGUUAGGCUAACCUUGGGUGUUGACUACUCUCCCACUAAAUGAACACGUUCAUAGCUAGGGGUACUUUUGGAUCCAGGUAUGUUGCUAGAAUCUCCCGCUUCAGUAGUAUGGAAUGCUUGUUUCCACUUCCACCUGGUUCACCAGUUAUGGUUGUUCCUGGAUCAAAAUAGCUUGGCCACAGUGACUCAUAAUCUAGUAACCCCCCAUUUGGAUUGUUGUAAUGUGCUGUUUGUGGAGCUGCCCUUGAAGACAUCUACAGCUUGUGCGGAAUGUGGUGAUCUGGAUCUGGAAUGUCACGUUACCAGGAUCACUCCCAAUUCUACAGUAUCUGCACUGGUUUCUUGUACUCCACUGAGCCCAAUUCAAGAACUAGCUUUUAUUUAAAUGGGACUUCAAGGAGCACCUCUUGACCCACCUGAGUGUUAGGAGUGGUCGGGGAAGCCCUUCUCAUCAUUCCAGCAGGAAUGGUAUGUUAUGCGAGAAUGCUAGAUAGGGCGUUCUCUGCAGUUGCGCUCAGGCUUUGGAAUGCCCUCCCCUUAGAUGUAUGGUUCACACGUAUGAUAUUGCUGCUUUGGUCCCUGUAUCAGCCGCCCCCACCCCCCUUGCUCACACGGACAAGCCCUUUGCACCACUCCUCUGUUCAGAAGCCCUGGGAAGGUGGGCAUCCAAUCCUGGCAUCCAAGGAAAUGUUCAAGGAGGAGCACCUGACAUUGGAGAGGUAACUUGAGCCCAUGCAAACAGGAACUGAGCAGGAUGAUCAGUCUCUUCUGCAUAGUGGCCAUUUGGAGGGAUAUUGACCAAGACCUUCCAUAGAUGCCCUAGGAAGUAGUGGCAAGCACACUGAUGCCUGUGGGUAGAUUUGGAAUUUUCACAAAUAAUGUAAAGGAAGAUCUGAAAUCUGCAAUAGGACCCAGGAAAUUGGCAUUAGGCAUAUGGAGGAGAUGGCAACCUAUAUGGUUAAAAAGGAUCUCUCUGUGGGCACCCUUAGAAAGCAUAUACGACCCCAAAUGGUGGAAAAUUCUUAGUGCUAAGGGAUAUCACAUAGUCCAAGAUACGUAUAGAGGAGAGUCCUUAAAGUCAUUGCAGGAAGUAACAGAGAACAUAGGUAACCAAUACUGGUUAAAAAUUGGAGGGUUAUAUAAUAAAAUUCUUAAAGCCCAAGAGAUAGGAAAUAGGAGAUUAGAAGAGCCAAUAGAGGAACUAUAUAAACAAAUAACUAUAUAAACAAAGGAAAAAUGGUACAGGAAAUUAAAAAUUUGAAGGAGAGAAUAUAAUGUAUGUAAAAAUUCUCGUACUUCAAUAAAAAUCUUUUUUUAAAAAACCUGAUGCCUGUGGGUGCCAUGUUUCCAACCCCUUAGGCAAUUAAGAGAUGGGGGCAGGUGCCUGGCAUGAGCCGGGAUUUCUGGCUUCAUUAAAAAGAAAUCAGGAGGUCCUCUGGAUUAAGUGUGGAGAAGACUGGUGCCUGAAGAAUUAUCCCACAAUAAAAGGCAGUAUUUCACAGGAGGGUCCAUCAGCAGUGGGCUGUGCCAGGGCAUUUAAGCCAAACAACUUCUUGCCUGCUGGCACUAGCUUUGCUUAAAUGCCAGCUCUCCAAGCUGUGUGGUUACUGAAUAUGUAAACAUGGAUUGAGAACAUAAGAAGAUCCUACAGCCCCAUCUCAUCCGCAGUGGCCACCCAGAUGUUUGUAUGAACCCUUCAAGCAGGGCAUGAGUGCAACAGUGCACUUCCCCACUUGCAAGUCACAGAAAUUCGUAUUCAGAGGCAUGCUGCAGCUGACGGUGUUAGAACGCAGCCAUUGUGGUUGGUAACCAAUGAUAGCCUUAAGCCCUCCCCUCCUUUGAUGAAAAGAGUUUUUAUUGUCACUAAUCAUGGCACAAAAUGUUCUUUCCUUGAUUGUGACAUUAAGAUAACAGCAUAGCAAAAUAGCUGUGGGGAAAAUGUUUCCUUGAUAUGUGUAUCUAUAUCUAUAUAUCUAUAUCUGUAUGUAUAUAUAUAAUUACCCCAUGCUCAACUGCAGUAAAAUAUACACCUGUGCAUUUGGUAGAUCAGUGGCUCCAUCUUGUCGGAGCAGCCAGUGUUAAAGGUUUCUGACCUGCGAGAAACCAGAAGCUGGCCGGUAUUCCUGCCCUCUCUUUGGGCAGACUGACCUGCUGUUAACAGCAUUAGUUCCACGCUGCCUUUGGAAAAUACAGAUGCAUGACAUGCCCAUAAACCUCCCUGUAUGGAGACAAUAAUCCCCUCCCAAGCUUUAAGCUACCUCUCCAAAGAGAUGGGGGAACUGCAUAUCCCCCGAAAUAUAAAGCCUCCUAACAGGAUUAUUUAGACUGGCUAAUUUACCGUUUAGAAAUUCUUCAUGCUGUAUCCUUUUGCUUUUGAAACUUUUCGGUUGAAUUGCUUAACCAAGAUUGAAUCUGAAGCAACUGUCCCCCACCCUGCCCAGAUUUUCACAAUAUGAGGAGAGAGGGGAUUCUCUGAAAUCUCAAAGUGCCUCCAAAUUCUGGGGCUGGUUCAGUCUCCUCCUUCCACCCAACCUCUUUAUUUUCUCUUACUGCCUUCCUAGCCCAUCUGCUGCAAGGCUGCUUGAAAUGCUUCUUUUCUUCUAGCUUUGCUGAGGUCACUGGCGGCGGGGGGAAAUCAGUGGAACUGAGAGCUGCGUAUUGUCCUGGCCUGACCUAUGUCAUGAGCACAAAUAUCUUUAUUUGAAUGCUUUGCUCAGAGGGCUCCAGAGCCCUUUGGCACAAGAUACCUCUGUUACCGCGACCUCCUGGGUGCCCAAGAAAUGGAGAGGAGGGGCUAUCGGGGAAAUGCAGAACAAAAUACACCCAGGCAGCUCCAAGAGAAAAGGUCAGAAAGGAAUCCCUUUCCCCGUGGACAUCAGAAGGGUCUUUAAGAUGGUAUUUAGCAUGGCCUGCCCUUCAUGGUUCGAGCAUCAAAGGCAUUAGCAGCACCUACUCAGGAAGGCAAGAUUUUCCUGGAAAGUUAGAUGCAACAUUUUGAAGAUUGGCCAAGAGGCCUUGUGGGCUGCUUUUUGUGGAAGGGCGAGAGGGUUAGGCUGUGAAGUUUGCAAGCUCUCAGCAAAACAAAAAAGCAAAAGCAAAGAAGCAAUGUGUUCUGUUUGAUAUGUGGCCAGUAUUAAAUUGCACUGUUAUUAUUUUCCCUCUGGGGUCAUAGAGAUGAUUCAGACGCUCAGCCUUAUACUGAGUCAGACUACUGCUCCAUCUAGCUUGGUAUUGUCUGCAGUGAUGAACUGCCACUCUCCAGAGUUUGGUCAAGUCCUACCUGAAAUGCCAGGGAUUGAGCCUGAGACCUUGAGCUGGUGAGGCAUGUGCUCUACCAGUGGAGUUUUGUGGUUUUGCUCCGGUACAGAGUUGCAAACGUGCAAUGGCAGGCCUGCCUCUGAAGACAGGUGAAGUUAGGCACUGGAGGGAAGGGGUGAUAGCAAUGGGCCUGCCACCUCAGCAGUGUGGUGUAGUGGAGCCAGUGUGGUGUAGUGGUUAAGAGCGGUAGACUCGUAAUCUGGGGAACCGGGUUCGCUUCCCCGCUCCUCCACAUGCAGCUGCUGGGUGACCUUGGGCUAGUCACCCUUCUCUGAAGUCUCUCAGCCCCCCUCACCUCACAGAGUGUUUGUUGUGGGGGAGGAAGGGAAAGGAGAAUGUUAGCCGCUUUGAGACUCCUUCGGGUAGUGAUAAAGCGGGAUAUCAAAUCCAAACUCUUCCUCUUCCUCAGCAGCACCACUGUUCACACGUGCACAGAGCAUCCAAGAUGGCACCAUGAGAAAAUUCACAGUUGCAUUUUCAACCUCUUCUGGAGGUGCUUACUGUAUUUCUGCACCACUACCACCCCAAGAUUCUGGGAGCUGACACAGUGCAACGGACUCGCGUUUCAAAUUUCCUACCUCAGUAGAGGCACCGUUCCCGCAUACAUGCAGCAUCCAAGAUGCACCGUAGGAGGCUUCACAGUUGCACAUAUUUCGUCUCUCCCAAGAUAAGUCAGUGUAUGAGUGUGCCAUAUCUGAACCCCCCUUCCCAGAUCUCUGGGGAGCCAGCAGAGCACAAUCAACUCAUGUUUUGGAUUUCUUGCUUCUGACGUAGCAUCCAAAGGAUCUCAUGCACCGUGAGCAUGAUGUAAUGGACAGAUCCCUUUCCUCUUCCCACUUCCCUCUUGCCAAGGCACAUCCUUAAAAUCUGCAGCAUUCACCCUCCCGCCCUCAAAGCAUUGUUGCAUCAAGGCACAUAGUUGCCGCAGCUCUGUGUGGUUUGUCUUGGUAGUGCCUUUUUAUAUUUGAGUGUUUAUAUUUGAGUGGUUUGGGUGGUUCCUCAACCACUCAGUUUCCCCAAGCCUGUGUAGCCUUGAUCGUAGGUAGACAGCAGGCCUCCGAGCUAGAGCCACCAAAUAUCUGAUCUCAACUUUUUAAAAAAACAGGAGUAAUUGUCUGUAGUCAGCGGGCUUUGAAAAGCUGUUGUAACCAAUGUGUAGCGUCAACUUUCUCCUCCCCCUCCCCCUCCCCCCGGCCCCACUCUCCCCAAUUAAGGAAUGUAAUUUAGGAUCAAUGGAUGGGUCACUUGCGCUGAAAGAAUUAGAUAAUGGUAGACAGAAGCAAGUCUUGGACUUUAUUAGUCUUUUAAGCCUUCCUGAUUGUUAGCAAAGAUCCAGGCGACCUUUAAAUACCUUGUAGGCGAAGGGAAGGAUAAACGCCUUGGAUAUGGGGGAAUUGGGGUAGUGGAUUAGUAAGUUUUACACUCCCAUAACCUUUUGUGAAUCUGAAAAAAAUAAAUAAAAUGAAUGCAAGUAUGUCUGUAGUUCAAUGUAGUGGGCCUCUUCCUAAUUAAUGAUGUUAUUUUCUCUAUACUGAAGUACAGGUUGGGCUUGCCCUGUCUUACCAGCGCCUGCUAAUCAGCAAAUGAGCAAUAUACUCAAUAUGUACAUCCCAAUAUUGAUUAAAACAGAAGAAGCCAGAGGUGGACAAAGCUAUCUAAGAAUCCUGAGCUGGGGUGGCAAAAAAGCAAGAGGGUUGGGUCAGGGAGGAAAAAGGAUAGUUUUGCUUUGAGGUUAUUUUUGAAAACCAUAACUAAGUAGGUCAAAGCCCUUAAGGUUUUUUGGUCAUUAGUUCUUUGAACGGUAUGGCGGCAAAUCAUUAAUUGUAUCACUGCAAAAAGCUUUGAAGACUGCAUUAAUUUAAUGUGACCUUGGAUCAGCCAAGAUCACACAUUCAUUAUCUCAAAAAGAUUCCUUGUCCUGAAACAUUGAUCUCGGAUGGCCCUAAACGUGUUGGACAAGAAGGAAGCCAUUCUUAGUUUGAACACAAGGUGGCAGUGUUGCUCUUCCCUUGGACAUUCAAUCCACCAUUCGGCCCCCCUCAAAAAUUCACCUUAAACAGAGGCCAUGAACUUUUCCCCUUCGCUUCCCAGAGUGUUUUUUUCACUCGCAUGCUGCAUGCUCAAAAUUUCUUUGGUGUAAUAAAUAGAAAUUGUGGUCUCCACCCAAAGCUGCUUUUUUCACAACUGCCACAAUGCGCCUGGUGUUCAAAUGGGAGCAUCACAACCCAGAAGAUGCAGAGUUCUGUAUUCAAGGUGCUGGAGAUGUGAGGGUGCUGUUUGGGUGCUGGGAACUACCGCAGCUGCAUUGCAGAAUGUGUACGGAAGUGAAGUCACAGAGAUCUUGCCAGUUUUCAGUCGCCCAAGAUCUUUUGCUACCUGAUGUGAUGGCCAAGGGCACAUUCUGGCCGACUCUGGUUGCUUGUGCCCCUAAAUAAGAAUAAGAAUAAGAAUAAGAAUGGCAGUGCUCAGCCAGGCACUGUGAAGAAACAGCUUGGGAAAAGCAGCUGCAACCAUAAUCCCCACCUUCAGUUUCCUAGAAUGCCUCUGAGAGACAUAUUGGAGUGAUGGAGAUGUUGGCUGGCCAGAGCUGCUUCUCUUCACAACACUCAAUACUGUCAGCCAUUCCCAUUUGCUCCCCCAUCCCCUGGCAAACUCGUUUUGGGGUGGGGGACAGGGGUCACCUUGCACAGGGCCCAUGCAAACCUGGAGUUGUAGUUUCUUAAGCGGACAGAGAGUUGUUAGGAGAUCCAUUUCCCCCUCGCAAAUUCCGGGAGCUGUGGUUUGUAAAGGGGGCUGAGAGUUGUUAAGUGACCCAUCCCCCCCCCCCGAGCUACAGUUCCCAGAGGUCCCUGUGAAAGUUGGAUUGAGUGUUAAACCACUUUGGAAACUGUCACUCUAUGAGGGGGGUAGGCGACCG